AUGCCUUCUCCAGAUGGCAGGAUGCGACCCCAACGUGUGAUCAUCUUGCUCGCGGUCGUCUUGCUCGCGUGCUUCUCUCUCGUUUACCUCCGACCUCCACAAACAACCCCCCAGCCGGUAGUAGUAGACCUGCCUCCCCCGGAACCGAUCAAGCACCCUCAACUUCAUGCUGGCCAGACUUCCUACACCCCCGAGAGGAUUCAUCCAAUCUCGAAACUUGUCGACAAUGCCGAGCAAACAUUUUCCCACAUGCAGUCGCGCCAAUCCGCCACCCUGGCUCAGGCCGUUGAGGAGUACAAGCGUCGGUACAAAAUGCACCCGCCACCCAACUUCGACAAGUGGUUCCAGUUCGCCCAAGCCAAGGGCGUGCAGUUGGUUGAUGAAUUCGAUUCGAUCUACCACUCAUUGCUUCCGUUCUGGGCCCUGAAGCCGGCAACCAUCCGCGAGCGCGCCCGUGAGACCCUCGGGUUUGAUAAUGCAGUGAUAGGUGUCCUCAUCCGCGAUGGCAAGGUGACUUUGACCGAGGGCGGCGGCGAUGGCCGAAAAUGGCAGCGCGAUGCCACAGCUGGAAUGAUGGCUAGCUUUGUAAAAUACCUUCCCGACAUGGAUCUGGUUUUCAAUACACACGAUGAGCCUCGCGUGGUGAUCCCGGGAGAUGAUCUCCAACGUCUUGUCCAGACUGCUACAGACUAUGUGAUUCCCGCCGCUUUCCAGAGCAACACUCCGACCAACGUGUGGUCGCCACGCGCUAGCGAUUUGAACAAGGGAGAUCGCAUCGACGAGGUGCGCACGACUCGUUUCAACCGUUUCGCCCAUCAGCCUACAUGGACCAACUCGCGUAUCUCCUGCCCCGUCGAUAGCCCUGCACGAUCUCUUGAUGACGCAGCACCUGAUAAUGGUGACCCGUAUGCGUACGGCGAACUGGGCUUUAUUUACAACACUACUGCCUUCUCUGAUAUCUGCUUCACCCCGUCUCUGAGGUACACCUACGGAUUCUUCGACCGUCCGAAUGCCUUUGAUGUUGUCCACGACCUGUUCCCCAUAUUUUCGCAGAGCAAGAUCUCCAGCUUCCAGGAUAUCCUUUACCCCAGCCCCUGGUACUGGGCCGACAAGGUGCCAUACGAGCAAGACAAGGAUUUCAUCUGGGAAGCCAAAACGGAUCGAAUGUACUGGCGUGGAUCUACAACUGGUGGAUUUUCGCGUGCAGGCGGUUGGCGCCGCCAGCACCGUCAGCAAUUUGUUGACAAUGUCAACUCCCUCGGCACAACCAAGAUUCUCGCACGCCAGCAGGAUAAUCUGUGGGCCACGCAGGAGGUAAAGCAGGAGCAGUUCCGGGACUCAUUCGAUGUCAAAUUUACCUUCAUUGGCCAGUGUGACCCGGACGACUGCCAUGCCCAGGAGGAAUACUUUGAAGUGGUCCCGGCAGCUGGUCAGCAGGAUGCAUGGGCACACAAGUUCCUUGUUGAUGUGGAUGGAAAUGCAUUUAGUGGGCGAUUCUAUGCGUUCCUCCACAGCAACAGCUUUGUCUACAAGAUCGCCAUUUUCCGUGAGUGGCACGAUGAAUGGCUUAAGCCCUGGGUUCACUACGCGCCCCUUAGCCUGAAGGGCAAUGAGUACACAGAAACCAUGCGAUACUUCGUGUCAGAAGAAGAUGGCAAGAAAACAGCACCUAGAAUCGCAGCUCAGGGCCAGGAUUGGGCCCAGAAAGUGUUGCGAAAUGAGGACCUGGAGGUCUGGUUCUUCCGUUUGCUCCUAGAAUACGGCCGUCUCGUGGACGACAACCGAGAGCGACUCGGAUUCUCGCUGUGA